CCCACACACUGCAGCGGUAGCGGUGGCGGUGGCGGUGGCGGUAGCGUUAAAAUGAGUCUGGACACAAUUUUACCGCCACCGCUGCAGUGUGUGGGAACCUUUAUACGAAAUACCAUGAUAUUAUAUAAUAAUAUAUCAUGCGUGUUGAGAAAUAGUAAAUACCAUUGAGUACAACAUAAUAAUAUAUGUAACGACUUACGACAUGACUCAUAUACUAUAUAAACAAAUAAUAUUGUAAUUUAUCCAUGUUAAACCCAGUUGCCACUACUUGUUAAGAAAAGGUUAGGUAAAGUGUUAGGAAAAGGUGAUUGUUUGCGACCCCGAAAACUUUCAGAUGCCCCUUCAUCAAAUCGCGUCAUUUUCAGAAUUAAAAAUAGAGUUUUUGGAGUGUGGUGCUCCAGGAACUCUAUAUUAAUUCUGCCAAUAGAAAUGAGCAAUGCCAGCGAAAAUUCUACUUUCCAAAAAACACGCCUGGCAGUGGCCAAGUCGGGCUUGUACGUGGUCGUGGUCGCACUGGUCGCAGUGAGAUUUAUGGACGUGAUGGACGUGGAGGGCACACAUCCACACCGUCCACGACCAUUAACACAGAGGCGUUCAAAUCUAUUGUUUCUAGGAUCGUCUCAGUUGUCCAAAUGGCUCAGGCUGCCCAACCGCAAACUACAGACACGUUCGAUAAUGGGGCUCAAUAUGUUUUUCGGGGUCAUGGACGGGGACGUGGACGGCCACCAGUUAUGUGCCACAAUUACAGGGCAUUUGGCCUUACAAGAAAGUACUGCCCUAACAAUUGAAAUCCAAGAAUAUUCAAUAAUUAUUACAUAUACACAUAAAUUAUUUUAAUUAUUGUUUAAAUAUUAUUACAACCCAACUAUCUAAUUAUAAUUAUACAUUUUUUAUUUUGUGUAUUAUAUUUACUUCUACAAUUAUUAUUAUUAUCAUUUUUUUAUAUUAAUACUACAUGAUUUUUAUUAUUAUUACUACAAUUAUUCUUUUUACUAUAUUUAAUAUAUACCUAUAAUAUGAAAUGCUGAUGUUAAUUUUUGUUUAAAUUGUAUAAUAAUAAUUUAAAAACAAUCAUUCAAAUAGAAAAAAAUGAAUGUAUGUUUUAGAAUUAAAUAUUUAAAUAAUAAUACCAUAAAUUACAAUUGAUACACUAUAAUAAGACUCCUCAUCAAAUUAUUCACUAUGUAAAAAUACAUUAAAAUAAUUUUUGGUACCUACAUACAAACAUUGUGUAAUUACAGUGAAACUUUCAUAAAACGAACUUCUAUUUAACGAAAUUCUCUAGGUAUUUAACAAAUUAUAAUUAUUAAGAACCAUGGAUGUUCAUUGUUAAUCAUGCAUUAAUUCUAUUUAACAAAUAUAAUAUAUGAACAGUACGAAUUACUUUUGUUCUCAACGAGACUUCGUUAAGUAAAAGUUUCACUGUAUAUUAGUAUGAUCAAAAAAAAUCUUUAUAAUAUAAAUCUAAUGUUUUAAUUAUUAUAUAAUAAAUGUAUACUAUAGUAAUUAUUAUAAAAUGUUGUACCUAUUUCAAAAAUAAUAUUAAUAUCAAACCUGUUAACAUAAUGUAUUAAUAUAUAAGUAGUACUUAGAUUUUUCCAAAAAUGUAAUAUUAAGUACUAUUAUUUUUCUAGAACCCAAGUCCCCCGCGUGCCACACUUGAAAAGUACAUAUUUCGAAUCUUUAUUGAACGUACUUUCCAUUAAAAAUAGUUUGGAAAAUAUUAUUUUUUGUGUUCAUUUCGAAAUAUACAUAUUUUUAAUCGCUAUGGUCAAAGGCAUUUUUCCAUUCAAAAUAGUUCGAUGAAUAUAAAUUUUGCUGUUCAUUCCGAAACGGCUGUUUUAAAUGUGCUUUGCAGUAGAAUCGUCCUCGUGUCUACUUAUGUAUGUAGGGUGUUAUAUUGGAUAUUUUAAACUUAUAAUAACUAAAAAGGAUUGUUAUUUGUAAUGUCCAAUAAUAGGAUAGUGAACAAUUAAUAGGCGUAUCUACUAUUUCACGUGUAAUGUCAGCAUUGGAAAUACACUAAUUGUAUUCAAAAUGUUUGUUAUUUAGUGAUUCCA